GGUCAACCAGCCUAGUUCAGCUCGUCGCCACCUGCUCCCUCCUCCUUUGAUGGCGAAGCCAGGUUACUGAGGCAAUACAGCUCCCUCUAGCAAACCUAGGGCCGUGUAGUGCCCGUCCACCUUUCUGAUGGUGUCUGCCUCCGCGCACAAAAAUGAGAUGGGCAUCACUGCCAACGCCGACGGCCAGAAAGGCCCGCGCAUCUACAUUUAUUUUCCCGCCUGACCCCAUCAAUGCCGACCCAACUCUACCACCACACGCACACCUCGCGGCGGAUGCGCAGCAGCAAGAAGGUUUCGGUCAUCCGUUGAGGCCGAGGAGGAAUAGCACGCCCAGCAACGCCCGCACCCGCACAACGCGGCCAACGAGCGCCGGCACCCGCAGCAGCGGCACCUGCCGCCUCCUCAGGCCCAAGGAGAGCCGGGGCAGGGCGUCCUCCUGCGAGAGUGGUGGCGGUAGCGGCAGCGGCGGUGGUGGCGGGAGCGGUGGCGGGAGUGGUGGCGGGGACGGGAGCGGUCCGGGUGUGCCCCCGCAGAGCGCGUUUAUCGAGCAGAUGAAGGAUAACCUCAGGGCAUGUAGGAAACACGAGAAUGGGGCGGUCAAACGUAAAGGCGCCUUCCCCUACAACGGAGGAUGGGCGAAUCCUCCUCUUCCUUCGCUGUACACAGGCUUAGGUGCACCACCUCUCGAGCCUUUUUAUCUGAAGAAGGUUCUCGUGUGGGUGCCAGAGUACAUUUGGGAAGACGUCCACAUCCCUUGCCCGCAUUGUGGAGCGCGUGCACAGCCGGACGGGGACGGGUGGAACACUGAGCCACGCCGAGUGUUUCUGGAGGACGAUGUGUGCUACAUGAUCGGAUUCAGAUACGAAUGCAAGGAGUGCACGCGCGCGAACAAGGAGGAUAGGUCGGAAGACGAGCGAACAACUCAGACGUUCAACGCGUGGGAUCCCGCCGUUUUGGCCAGGAUGGAUGACUUUGUGUCGGAACAGUUUCCGUUUGUCCUGACGAAAAAGGCGGCGAUCAAUAGAACCAACCAUACGGUUUCAAAAUCGCUUGCGCAGGCGUAUAACUCACGGUAUUUCAGUCAGAUGCGAUCUUACGUGUCGCUAGCCAAAAAAGGCAUAUCUAAGUACAGGGGGUUGUAUGGCCAACAAUCCAACCCCGACGUCCCGAAGUUCGCCGGCACGGGAGACCCUUCGGGUUACAACAGCAGCUCCCCUUCGGCUCACCACUUAGCAGAUAUCUGGAACAAGUGGUUCUACGAAACCCCGGUUGUGCAGCUGGUGAUGCUUCCUUCAAAGUACGCCAAGGUCAUCCGGUUAGCUACUGGCGAAGAUGGGACUCGCGCACUGCCUGUCUACGGAAUUUUCACCAUCAUGAACGAGUACGACCAGGUGGUAUUUUCGAAGGCCAUGUCCACUGCAUCGGUCUACGACCUCAAGAACGACCCGAAGAUGUUGUUCGUGAAAUGCGUCGUCGGCCAUGGUUUCACGCUCCCGGUCAUCUUCUAUUCCGACGGCUGCUGCGAGGAUCGACAACUGCUGCUCUGGAUGUUCAAGGAGAUAGAGUCGGAGAACCACGUGCGCUUGUACGAUGCCGCUGCAGAGGGUGCGAUUGAACUGUUGCCCGAGCUGACGUUCCCCCCUGGCAAGAGAGGCGAGCUGGUCUAUGACCUGAGACCUGGCGUCAAUGUGUGCUUGAGCGUGAUUUCUGUGACUCCCUGCCGCGGCCGUUGCAGGUGCAGUACGCCUGCCUGGAUGCGUACGCGUCCGUUCUCCUUUAUCAGGAGAUCGGAAAACUCCAGGAUCCUAUUCUCUCCCCUCCUCCGAAGGAUUUGCCAUCCGGAACCGAGGUACGACUCUACACCAACAAUCAUGCCAGCUGUGUUGGUGUUGGAAGAGUGGUGGACGAUGAUGCCGCUGCGGAAGCCUUGGCCACUUGGGGCGUUAGGGGGAAAGGCGUGGACAGCGAGUCGUAGUCAGCGUCAGCGAGGUGUUCAAGCCUGCAGCGUACGUGGCACACAUGGGUGCACCUCCUGUACCCCCUGCGUCUUCAGAUGCGGAAGGUGGACCUGCUACGUCUCCGAGGGCCGGUCGUGCGACGAUGGAGGACGUGCAGAACGGCGGCGGUGCCCAACUUGUUCUUUGGGAUAUCGACCACGUUCGUCUCGCGAGCGAGUGGAAACCACCUCCUGCGGCAGCAGCGUCUUCAGCGAACGUGAACACGAGUGCAGCUUACAACGACGACAACUAGUUCUACUUUUACCCGACCCCUCCGCACGUGGUGCAACCAACAGGAAGACCCGGACGACGGAGUUGAGGAUGGCUGCGACGGCCAUGACUGCGGCGACGCAGGGAGGCUGCCAGCCUGCGCUGAACGUUCGCCUGGAUAUCUUCCACGCACUGCAACGCAUUUCGAGGCUGUGUAAGACCAAGCACGGCGCCUUCAAGCCCUUCAUGGCGCGACUGAGAGACGCUUGCUUCAUUGCAACGCGGAUGACAUCAAGGAGGCACGUGCUGUUGACGUCGUUGUCCUUGGCGUCUUAUUUGCUGUCGACGUGA